UUCACCCAGAAAGUUCCUGGGCCGUCAAAACAUAAACAGCGCUCACACACAGACGGUAGCUAAUGUCAGUGAGAGCUACUGCCUUUACAUAUCUGUCUGCUUUUCCACCAUGCAACUGAAAUCAUGUUGUAUUUACAGCACCGGAGUUCUUUCUAUUCUACUUUUGAUUGCCGGCAUUUCUUUGGUGUUGUCUAACGUGUUUCCACAUAUCCUACAGUCGGUGGUUAAAAAGGAAGUCGUUUUGAAGAAUGGCACAGAGGCGUUUGAGGCCUGGGAGAAUCCACCAGCCCCUAUUUACAUGCAGUUUUACUUCUUCAAUCUGACAAACCCCAUGGAGGUGCUGGAUGGAGAUCGGCCUGCUGUGAUGGAGAUCGGACCAUAUACAUACAGAGAGUACCGGCCGAUGGAGCAAGUGGACUUCCAGGAAAAUGGCACCAAAGUAGCAUCUGUCAACACAAAGACCUACAUAUUUCAGAGAGACAUGUCCCGGGGUCCAGAGAGUGAUCUCAUCAGGACGGUCAACAUCCCUGCAAUAACGGUGAUGGAGCAAUUCAAAGAUGAUUUCUUCUUUGCAAACUUGAUCUCCUCCUACAUGAAGUCUGAAAACGAAGGCCUUUUCACCACACGCACAGUGGGGGAGCUGCUGUGGGGAUAUGAAGACCCCCUACUCAAAGCCCUCAAACUUUUAAAACCCAACCUGGACAAUGUUUUUGGACUCUUCUAUAAGACCAAUGCUUCCAACGAUGGGGAGUAUGUCUUCUUCACUGGCCAGCAGAACUACAAGGACUUUGCCAGAGUGGAUACGUGGAAAGGUGAAAGCAAACUGGAUUGGUGGACAUCUGAUGAGUGCAAUAUGAUCAAUGGAACCAAUGGAGCCUCUUUCCAUCCAGUCAUCACCAAGAAUGAGACCCUCUACAUGUUCUCCUCUGACCUGUGCAGGUCUCUGUACGCUCUGUAUGAGGAGGAUGUGACGGUGAAGGGGAUCCCUGGGUAUCGCUUCAGUCCCCCUAGCGAGGUGUUUGCCAAUCACACAGUGAACCCUGCCAACGCCGGCUUCUGUGUCCCUGCUGGAAACUGCCUGGGCUCUGGCGUUCUGAAUGUCAGCCCGUGUAAACAAGGAGCUCCCAUCGUAAUGUCGACACCUCACUUCUACCAGGCCGAUGAGAAAUUUGUUCAGGAUGUGUUCGGCAUGAGGCCUAAGAAGGAGCAGCACCAGACUGCAAUUGAUAUCAAUCCGCUAACUGGAAUCAUCAUUCAAGCUGCCAAACGGCUCCAGAUCAACGUGUUUGUUGAGAAAAUGUCCGCCUUCAGUCAAACAGGAAACGUGAGGACAGUGAUCCUUCCCGUGGUGUAUCUCAAUGAGAGCGUUGUCAUUGACGACGCGUCGGCCGCGAAGCUGAGGAAGAUAAUCGUGGAGCAGGACGUGGUGGAGAACAUCCCCUUCAUACUGAUCGGCAUCGCCAUCAUUAUGGGAGGAAUCUUCAUGUUCCUGAUGUGUCGGCAGAACGUCCCAGAGAGCACCACAGCUGAACGGCAGCCCCUGCUCUCGUCAUAGCACCAAACCGUACGUUUAAAGAAGGAGGACUGCCAUAUUUGCAUAAUAAUUCAUGGGUUAAAUGGAGCUGCAAUUCCUACCAGUAACCCCAGAGUAAUAGUUCAAUUAAUUACCAAAAUUACAUCUUUUUAUCCAGCUUUUUAAUCCAAUGUUUUUAGGAAAACAAAGUGAAGAGGUUUGUUACAGGGAUGAGGUUAAUGUCUCCCUUACAAGUAAGUUGUAUUGAUGAUGAAAUCCCUAUUUUUUUAAUUAAAUCUUAAAGAUUUUCUUUUAUACCUUUUUAAUUAUGGGCUCUGAAAUGAUCAAACCCCCAGGAAUUGAUGUGAAAAUAUAAUGUCACGGAUUGUGUGUGUGUGUGUGUGUGUGUGUGUGUGUGUGUGUGUGUGUGUGUGUGU